UGGCUGUCAGUCUCGAGUUCGUGUUUGUUGUAUGUACGUCUGUUCGUCGGGUGUCUACUUACCACCGAAUGAUCCUAUACUAAACUCAUUGGGAUGUGUGCAUCGUUGUGAUGAUAUUUGUGUUUUAGCAUCAACUACUUGUUUCGCGAUCCAUUGGUUCGCUAUGGUCAAAUGAAAUAAAUCGUAUUGGAUUAAAUAUGUUUUCCAGAUUAAGAGUCAAUGUCAGUCAUUUCUUUGAAUGUUUCUGCGAGAUCGUUCCGCCCAGUAGCGAUAAAGAUGCAUGGAUUAUACAACAGUUUCCUGAAAACUACAAGGAUGAGGAAGUGCUCAAAUCGGUACCCAAAUUUGCAUAUCCCUACACGUUUGAAAAUAAUGUUAUCCAGCAUUAUUCUUUUGUCCUGACGGAUAUUGAAUCGAAAUGGACAUUCGGCUUCUGCAGACAUGAUCCCAAAUCCCAGACGGCUCUCGUCGUGUUGAGUCACCUUCCAUGGCACCAGGCUCUUUACAAAUUCCUGGAUAGCAUAUCAGUGCUUAUGCACAGUCCCCGGGCCAACGAUCUUAGGGACUUUCUUCAGGCUGUUUACGGGCAGAGGAUUGCCGAUCCCGGCAAAAAUUUCAUCGUGCAUUUUAAUAACGGCGAAAGUAUAUUCAACGUGGAAUGUCCCAAACAAUUUCAAUUACCAAGUAUUCCAGAAAAUAGGAAUUUAACGGAAUAUUACAAUGCAAUCGAUACAAACAACAUGAUCAUUAUAUUUGCGUCGAUGCUGUACGAGCGUCGGAUUAUCUUCACUUCCAAGAAACUGACAAGAUUGAGCGCCUGUGUACAAUCUGCAAACGAUGUGAUCUAUCCGAUGAUCUGGCAGCACAUCUUCAUCCCGGUGCUUCCGAUGGCAUUAAUGGACUAUCUGCUCGCCCCUAUGCCCUUUCUCAUCGGAGUUCCAGAUGAAGUAUUAAAGAAAGUGAAUCGCUGUGAGAUCGGUGACGUCGUCAUUCUCGAUGCAGACACAAACAAAAUAGAAACCCCCUUCGAUGAUCUUAAUAAUUUGCCGACCGAUGUGGUGACGUCUCUAAAAAAGCAAUUGAAAAAUAAGAGUUCCUUGUUGGGCGACGGCGUUUCCAGGGCCUUCCUCAGAGCCCUCGUUCAGCUGAUAGGCGGUUAUCGAGACGCCUUGCAGUUCCAACCUGGUGAAAAAGUUACUUUCGGCGCUGAUCGGUUCAUCGAAACGCGCCCGCUCUCUUCGCAACCCUUCCUUCGAGAGAUGUUAAAUUUACAAAUCUUCCAACAGUUCAUUGAGGAGCGAUUGGACAUGCUCAACAACGGCUUAGGAUUUUCCGACGAAUUUGAAAUAGAAGCAUGCCGAUACUCUGAUAAGUCCAGCUCCAAACUGAAGCAGCAGUACAAGGAGUGGACUUCAUCUAUGAAGAAAGAAGGUUCAGCUUUCUUCAAGAGUGUAAAAGAUAAGGCUAAUCCCGCCAUGAAAUCUGCUGUUAAAACUGUAAAAGAUGGUGGUAAAGGGAUGAGGAGUGCGUACAAGGAGUUAAAGAUGAAGCUAAAGGAUAAUCAGAGUCCGCAGCAGCUGCGAAACGGACUGGAAGGAUUGGACAAGCCACGAUCGGCACCGAACUCGCCUACUGGUAAAAGGAGAUCGAUGGGAUUCGGUAACCCAGUAGCCAGCUACAGAAAGGAACCCCAAAUAACUAAGAAAAUGGCCUUUGAAAGGCAAUAUAGCCCUCUCAGUUCGCAGCCGAUGUCGCCGGAUCGAUCAAGAAGUGGAUCGCCACCUCUGAUGAUCCCACAGAUAGAUUUAAUGAACGAGAUGCAGGAUCUUCUGCAGCUCAGAUUAGACACCCCUCCCGUGGAUAGAUCGUUAAAGCCCGUGCGCAGCUUAGAGAAUUUCAAACAUUCCUCCCCGACAUCCAGCCCCGACCGCUGGAUAUUCCCAUCACGAACAGGCGCCCCCAUGGCCUCUCCCCAGUCACACCUGUUCAAAUCUAGAGCUCCCGAUACCCAAAACCUAUUGCAAUCACCUGACGACGUCUUCUCUUCCCCACCUGUACCGCCGAGAACGCACGAUCUAUUUGGCACAGCGCCAUUCGUGGUUGGGGGCGGCAGAGAAAAUGGACAGCCCGUUUUCCUUAUUGCAAAUCAGCAUACUAUCGAUGUUGUUAGAUUGUCACCACCAUCAAAUUCACCUAGCAAAAAGAAGAGUGACGAGUCACAAGAUCUCAUACGUUUAGACUCCUCCUCGGAUAUUUACGAGUUUGAUCCACUAAAGUCGAACAGCUCGCUGUCUAGCUCGUCCUAUUUGAAUAGCAGCGAUUUGCUCAGUAAAUCACUCGAAGACGGCCACGCUCCUUUAAGCGUGUCCAAUCCACUGUACAACUAUGAGAACCACAACAUCAAGCAGAACGGCACUCCCACAGAACGGCCUAAAUACAAUAGCAAAGAUAAGGACCUCCUGGAAGAAUAUGGAAUAGAUUUUAAUAUGUUCGACUCAUUUGGAAAUACCACACAAAAGGCAAACCCCCAAGGAGAGUGGGCGACGUUUGAAUGAAAAAGUAGUUAUUAAAAAUAUAAAACAAAAAAAGAUGGUAAAACGUA